UGGUGUCCCUGGCCUCUGUCAUGCUGUGAAGCUUAAGACUGUCAGUUCAGCUGUUUUUUGGGCACUUCAUGCUAUGAAAACUAAGGGGGACAAGAUCCAGUUGGUUCAUGUUGAGGUCUCUUGCUUACUGUUGGACUUGGACAGACGUAAUCUGUGAAGAUAAUUGAAGUUCCUUUGCUGCGAAUGCUUAUGGGAGUCUCGUGGAGUGUGUGUUUGACAGCAAGACUGGUGAAACCUUCACUCUUCGUCUGUUACAAAGUCCAGUGGUAGUGGGAAGCAGCUACAAGGCUCGAGGAUGCCCCCGCUACCAAAUGCUGAACUAGUUCAGAACUCUCGGCAGCUGUAUCGCUACCUGCUCCGAUGCUGUAAGCAGCUUCCUGAAGAGAGCAUUCGGCAGCAUUACAGACAUGCAGUCAGGCAGAGUUUCAAGGUUCAUGCUGAUGAAGAUGAUCCUGAGCGAAUCCAGCAGAUUAUUAAGAGAGCCAUUGAAGAUGCUGACUGGGUCAUGAAUAAAUAUAAAAAACAGAAGUAGAAGAGGAUGAUGAAGACAAGAAUGUCAUUGUUCAAGAGGGAAAGCACCAAGGAGCUGGAAGGUGCAGCCGUGGCAUAUCUGCAGCUCCCAAAUGGCUGAGGUGCCAGCUGAGCAUGGGAACACCACACCAAAGGUAUGAUAGAUGUAACUGAUAUGGUAGAACCAGGAUCUGUGAGUUUUAGACUUUGGGAACUGGUAAAGAGUGCAAAUUUUAGCUGGGUGCAGAGGGGGAACGUGGUUGCUGAGGCAGGAGACAUCCUGACUAAAUAUUGUGACAGCAGUGAUUCAGGUGUAGGGUAAGAUGAGGUGUCUGAGGGGUUUUGUUUGGUUCUUUUUCAUAUAAGCAUAAUCUGGUUUUCAACAUAACAAAGCUUUUCAGAGAAAGAAAUCUAACGUGAAGGUAACAUUGACUCUGUUAUGAAUAAUUUUCUUGGCGGAGGGGAGGGAUGAUGUAAACCACUAUUUACUUCCUUUUAAUAGUGAAAGUAACCCCAGUGUCUGGUAGUCAUUCUUCUGUAAUGACUGUGCUGAAGAGUCAUUCAGCUGCAUAACUGAGGUUUCUGUUUUCAUGAGGUUUCUGUUUUCAAGACAUAUAAAUUCUGUUCUUCAACAGCAUAAUUUGAGAGCAAAGAUCUUCUAUUAGCCUCGUUGCCCUAAGUUACCACUCACUGAUCUGUUUGACCUGAGAGUUUAUAUGGUGAAUUGAGUUCUCUUCAGUAGUACCCAGGGUCACCUUUGUUUGAGCCACCCAGCCUUGCUGAGACUGAAGAGCUGUUCUCUGUCCCACCAGUGUCCCCUUUGGUGUCAGUGCCAGUGUGCUCCUGAUUAGCUGCCAGUGGCUCUCACAGGGCCCACUGCAGGAAACACUUGCACAGUCAUGUGGAUAACUUUGUUCCUGCUGCUCACAGGGGACGCUUUCCUGAUCAGUCUUCUCCAUGGUUCUCUGGCCGUUGUAAAGAAAAUACCACCACCAAAUAGAUUGGUGCAUCUGUGUUUCCAUAUCCAGAAUCUCUGAAAAUAAAGAUGUUGGGGGCAAAUUAAGUAAUAGGGGAUGAAAGAGACUGUGUUGUAUACUGUGAUUACUAUUGCAGAGUUUGAAAGACAGAAGCUCACAGUGCUCAUUAGGCAAUGAUGAAUCAUAGCAGUAAAAAGGGACAAGACUAUUCAUUGGUUUCAUUUCUUCUUCCUUGAAAUGGAACCCAUUUCUGUACUUGUGUAUCAUGCCAGUUUUGAUAAAUAACAUACUGUUGGCAAGAAUAUACAGUAAUGAUUAAGGGCCCAUCAGAAAGUCAUGUCAAAGGCCUGUUUUUCUGUUGGGCCCACUCCUACAGGAAGUAUUCAGUUAUCAGCAUCACUUGUGGCAUAGUAUCACCUGGCCAUGCAUUAGCCUGAGGGUUUCAGGGUGUUUACACAAAUGUAAUAAUUACGUUCUGGAAACAACAGUUUUACAGCUGGUUACUGUAAGCCCUUGAGUCAAUAACUUCUAAUUACUAGUCUACACUUAGAGGAGGUGAGUGGAAUGAAGUGUCCAAAGGUUAUGUACAGGCAACAAUCAGUUAAGCUAGAUGGAGGUUCACAGGAGACUUGUGUAAGACAAACAUUAAAACAAGGAAAAGACAGUUGGGAGACUUCUGUUUGAUAGCUAUGGAUCGUGCUUUUAAUUCUUGAGGCAUGGAGAAACAGAUUUAGAUCAUGAUAUAGCUGAGGAAAAUGAGGAAAAGGUUCUUAGCUGGUAGCUCCAGGUUAUAGACUUACCAAUGUUCUAAGGACAGAACCAGAUUUGGUGCUACUGCAUUCUUACAUAUAUAUAUAUAUAUACACAUACAUGCACAUGUAUAAAAACAUUGGGAACAUAAAGCUGAAAUUGUUUGGAAAUAAUCUAUACAUGAUAAAUAUGGCAGUAAUGUGUCUAGAAAAGCUGGAACAACAGCAGUAGGAUAAUUGGUGUGUGUUGUUUAGUAUAUAGGAUCUUGCUCUUAAUCCCACAUGGAAAUGUUCAGGAGUCUGCUUUUGAUUUUUUCAGCCUCAGAGCCUCAUGUAGAAUCUUUCUGUGUAGUGAAAAUCUUCCCUUUUUUUGUUUUUUAUUUUGUUAAUAUCAGGUUUUGGUAUGGAAAAGACUAAAUUUGUGGUUUAUCUAAAAUACAGGAUUGCAUUCUGCACUUGCCAUGGGGAAAGAUAUGUUUCUGAUCACAUUGUUAUGUCAGGUGUUUACUGAUUUCAAUUCACUCUUGCCACGGAAAGCCAUUUGAGCCCUGUGGGUAUUGAAUAGAAUACUUCCAUCCCAAGCCAGGUUUUGCUUAGCACCAUUUGUCAAUAACUGAAUAUUCUUUAAAUCAUUCUUUAGCUUUAGCACUUUGUAAACUCUUUUUCACUUGGUUCGUUAUGUCACAGGCAUUGCUUUUUGUUCAGAGACAUGUGAGCUGAAGAAUUUGAUGCUAAACAAAACCAUCUCUUCCAUGGCGCUUGGCUCGUUUUCAGAUGUCGUAAGGAAGUGAUCUUUACUGUGAUACUGUAAAGAACAAGUAUGCUCACUAUUUUGGAGCAGCAAAUAACAUUCGCUGUGAUCUUUAAGGAGAACAGUUUCUUUUUUGUGAAUAGCUUUUAACUUGGCAUUAGAAAUUGUGCCUUCAUCUAAAGCUCUGAUAAGAUGCAAAUGGAAGGGGCAGCACAGUGGCUGUGAGUCUUAGACAUUUAGCAUCACAAUAUUUAUUAUGAGAGUCCUUGACCUUAAAGGUUAAGAAUGAGUCUUUAGCUUUACGCACCGCAAUGUAGUGCCCAUCAUCAAAGCCAGCAUAUGUUUAUAUGAAAUGUGUGAGUAGUCUCCUUGUCAAGAGCUGUGUUCUAAAGUGAGUCAGUAACACCUGAGAACGGCUCGACACUGUGCUGCCCGCUCGCUCCAUUGCUUUGCUGCAUUCUUUCUGCCUGCUCAGAGGUGCUGUGAGGUGCUGUGGUUGUUCUUGAGCAGGAGCCAGCUGGCACAUCUUUCAACUUUUAUAUUAUGUGAUUAAUUUAUCUUAUACUUCUGUCAAGCCAGGUUUUAUGAACUAGUGUUAACUGAAGCAUACACCAGUCAUCAAGUACUGCUUUCAGCUCAUGAUUAAUCAGGGCAGGCACAUUAGCUUUUCAAAAAACCCCUGUGCUUUGAAGAGUAUUUUUUGUUUUCCUCAUAAUUUUGUUUGAUAUUUAAAAUAAGUUUUUAAAGUUUAGAAGCAAACAGAGGCAUCUGCCACUUGCAGCAAAGAGCUUACCAGGGUUAGUGUUAUCCCUGAUCCGAGAGGUCCCUGACAUUGCACUUAUUCCUGUAAUCCUGCACACUUAGGUGGUGAUUAUGCAGAGGACAAUUCUGAAGCUGCUGUUUAUUGUCCUUAGUUAUAGCUGAGAGGCUGAAGGAGUUACCUACCCUGUUCUCUAACUAUCAACCUGGGUGUCUUUUCCCCCAGAAGAAUCUGCCUUCAUAGUCUACGUUUUGAAAAGGAUUAACUUGAUCUUUUCUUUUGAAUCAGUAACUUCUGUUCAGCUUUGUCUGGGUGCUUCCCUGUCUCAUACAAAACAUUUUCUUUCAGCUGCAGCUCCACAGCAUUAGGUUGAACUGCCUCAUCACCUGUAUGCUUCCUUCUGCUCGGGUCCAGCUUCAUCUGUUUAAAAACCAGUGUGCUUUGGCCUUUUUUUGUUACAGCUGAUUUUUUGCACAGUCCUUGUUAUCCUUCUUAAAGUAUAAAAAUGCUGAUGUUUCUAUGAAUAUUCCCUGCCAUUCUUACAGACUGGAUUUCAAAAGAUGCAAAAGUAGCAGUAAGUUCUUGCAGCUGACGAGGUUGACUCAUGGGCUGUGUUAGGUAUCAGCUUGCAGGACCGGGGUUUUCUCAGUCUUACUCUGGUUUUCUCAGCAGUCAGUUCAUCUACAGAAAGUCAGCUGUACCUCAGAUGGUAUGAAACAAGGAACAAGGAAAACUGUUUCAAAACAAAUAUCAAGCAAAUUGGUAGACUGGAAAAUAUUAUAUCAUGGCGGUGGACACAGGCAGAGGCUGUAUUUGCUGAGGACACCUCCCUGAUAAUUCACCAGUAUGAGGACUGAUUUUUUUAUGCCUAAAAAUAGAGUGUUUGGUUUUCCACCAUUGUGUAACUGCAAGGGCUGCUUUCUCUUUUAUUUUCUGCUUUUCCCUCCUCUUUUAGCGGUCACAAAAUGCUGUGUUUAACCACAGCUUACAUACAGAAUCAGACACCUGUUGAGUCUUGGAGGCUUCCAUCCCUAAAGAGCUCUGUAGAGUUUGUCCUCCCUUAGCUGAAGAUACCUCCCGGAGCAGGUUGCAGCUUUAUGGCCAAGAUUUUCAAAAGCACUUCUUGGAGUCCAUGGAGGGGUCUCCAGUUCACUGUCUGCACAGUGAUGAACACCUGCAACUGCAGUUAACAGUUAGGUUGUCAUGGGCAGGACAAGAGUAAACAACAACUUAGAGUGGAUCUCAGUAUUGGGGGUUUUCUAAGAACCAGUGGGCGCUCUUAACCUACCUGAUUCUCCCACAAUACUCGUUUGUGUUGUGUUCGCCAUCAUGCCUGGUGAUUUCAAUGAACAGAGCACCUCUCUGACUGGUUGGGACUCCAGUGGCAAGUAGCAGGAAGAUGGUUAUUCCCCUGCUAGCAUGGCUCGGAAUUAGGAAGCUGCUAAAAUGGUAACAAUCACAAUUGUUUCAGAAGCACAGCUUUAAAAUGUAGAGCUCUUCCAACUGCCAUAACAGCCUGCAGCAGUUCACAGCUACGCUGUACCAGGUCUGGUCAUUUCUGAUCGACUGACUGCAGUGAGAAGGCAGCCAGCGUGUAUUGUUAAGCUUAAGAGAUGAAGAACCUAUCCCUGCCCUCUAACUUGCUCAUUAACCUCAAAGUUAAUUCAUAGCAAAGGGGCAGUUUUUAUAGCUGGUGUAAUAAUACAAAGCAUGGACACCAUAUGAGUGGUAUGUAGCAUGAAGAGUAACUUGAUGAAAUCCUGUCUGGUUGAGAGAGGAACAGGACCAUAACUCUUUCAUCUAACGAAGGCACUUUGAAAGAAUCAGACUGUAUUCCAUACUGAACCUGGGAUGAGCUGCCUUUAUUGUGCCAUAGGGGUGUGCGGGGUGUUAUUCACUCUAUAGAAAGGGGUUCCAACUGUGUGAGUAUCUCAGAGAAACCACAUAUCAUAAUUAUGUGACUUUGCUCUGUACAACUCUAGGAACCUCUGGAGUUCUUAGGGGCUGGUUGUUAAAAGCUGAGAGACACAAAUCUAUCCUUGCGCUCUCAGAUUCUGUCUGGGUCUAUAGAGAAAAGGCAUUCUAGAUAAUUGCUUAUCAGGACAUUUACUUUUCAGGCUUUUUAUGGGUUCUGAGCCAAAGCCAAUGAAAUCAAAGGGAAAAAGA